AUGUCUGUCCGGCCGUCUGCCCCGGGGUAUGGCCCUGAACCCCGGGACUGCCACACCGCGGGCGCUGCACGUGCGCCCCGUUCUGUCGUUGUGCCAAAAGUCAGUCCCGACCCCAGCCCCACUGCCCCUUUCCCUCGCCCGGGAGCGUUGAGGCGGGAGCAUCACGCCGUCUCAGGGGGAAUUCGGCACCGCCCAGGCAGGAGGGGCGCGCGGGCCGGACUGGUACCCCAUUUCCGAAGGCGGUGGGACACUGGCGGGGAAGUGUUGCGCACAGAAGGGAGGGAUGGGAGAGCCGUGCGAGGAGCCCCGGGCACCGUGUGCUCCCCCGGUCUCCGGUUCCUGUGUACGUUCCCCGGCCCCCGGGUGCGCCCCUGUUUCCUUGCUCCCCCGCCGGCCCGCUGCAUUGACGUAGGAGCGCGACAGCCAGCGGGCUCUGCAUUGGCUGCAAAGGCGAUUGUCGCGGCUCGGCUGGGAAGCAAGGAGCACCCGGCCCAGUCCUUGCACUUUUCUUUGUUUGGGUCCCGCCCUGGACAGCGGAGCUGCUUUUGCUUGGUAUCCGGGCAGUCGUCUGCAACGUCUGCGGCUGGGGAGGCUGCUUCCUUGAAGGUCUACAUUUAUCGCCUCAAAUUUCUAUCUCCUGGUUGGGCUGUUUUCAAGAACCAACAUCAGUCUUCGUACAGCUUAAAAGAGUGCAAAUUCACCUGCACCAGCGGAAAGUGCUUGUAUCUUGGUUCACUGGUCUGCAACCAACGGAACGACUGUGGGGACAAUAGUGAUGAGGAAAACUGUCUCCUGGUGACUGAACAUCCACCCCCCGGAAUCUUCAGCUCGGAGCUGGAGUUCGCUCAGAUCAUCAUCAUCGUUGUGGUGGUCACGGUGAUGGUCGUAGUCAUCGUCUGCCUGCUGAACCAUUACAAAGUCUCCACGCGGUCCUUUAUCACCCAUCCGGAUCAGAGCAGGAGGCAGGAGGAGGGGCUGCAGCCGGAAGGGUGCCUGUGGCCUUCGGAUAGCUCCGUGUCCCGGCAGGGUGCCUCAGAGAUCCUGUAUGUGCCGCGGACCCGGGACCGCUUCGGCGCGCCGGCCUUCAUGCAACCGGAGCGCUUCGGCCGCUUCCAGCCCACCUUCCCGUACCUGCAGCACGAGAUCGACUUGCCGCCCACCAUCUCGCUCUCUGAUGGCGAAGAGCCGCCGCCCUACCAGGGCCCGUGCGCGCUGCAGCUGCGCGACCCGGAGCAGCAGCGAGAGCUCAACCGCGAGUCGGUGCGCGCGCCGCCAAACCGGACCGUCUUCGACAGCGACCUGGCGGCCGGCGCCCCGUUCCGCGGAGGCCCGUGCCCGCCUAGCUGCCACUCGGGGGUCAGCGCGGCGGGCUGCGGCGGCGACGGGCGCGCCGACGGGCCGCCCCCGGCCUACAGCGAGGUGGUGGGCCGCGGCCUAGGCGCCACGCUACUGCGAGCCCCGGGCGCUGACGGGAAGCCCGUGGGCCUCGCCUGA